AUGUCCUCCAGCCAUGAUGCAAACAAAGCGGCCGAUGAAACGGUCGCACCCGAAGAGUCUGCCAGACAGCCUCGGGAGCCGCCGAUUGAUCCUCAAGCUGGGCACAUUCUAAACUAUACUCCAAUUUCGCGCGUCAUGAGGGCUGCCGUUCCCGGCGAUGUAAUGGUUUCUCGGGAAGCCAUAGAGCUUAUGCAAGAUUGUGUUAGCGAGUUCAUCUCCUUUGUUACGAGCGAAGCUGCAGAAAAAUGCGCAGCUGAGAAGAGGAGGGCGGUGAGCGCCGACGAUGUUCUGACUGCAAUGAACAAGCUCGGAUUCGAGAACUAUUCGGAAGCGCUGAAAAUCUACCUGAGAAGGUACUACGAAAAAAAACAUGCGGGCGCCACCUGCACCAGCGGUCGAACGAAUGAGUGA